AUGUCUGCGUGCCCCGUGCUUGUCUGGACGCUGCUGCGACUGAGGACGGACAUCCCGACACGAGCGACCCUGUCGCCCAGCGACGUCAAAGAGUGGUCCGAGCUUCCAGCAGACAUCUACGAGAAGUCGAAGGGAGCCCUGUCCCACUCGUCCAGGCAGAAGGUCGAGAACGCCAGGCGGGCUGCUGCUGCUGGGUUGCUUGGCGCUGCUGGUCGUGAGGUUCCUCAGGCCGUCGACAAAGCCGCCAGGGCCCUCCAGAAUGCGAAGGGCCGCUUGGCUAACAACAAGGACAAGGCUCUCAAGCUGCUGGAGGCGGUGUCAACCUCAGAGGCCGAGGUGGUUAAGCUGGAGAAGGAGCUCGAGUCUGCGAAGCGAGACGCGGCGAAGCUGUAUGGUGCAUGCGCACUAGCAGCAGGAGCGUUCACGACGCAGCAGCUCAAGGCCAAGCUCGGGGAGACCCCCACGGAAGGCAUCUCGUUGGCCGACUUCCUCAAGUCCCCCCAGGCUGCGGUCGACGAGCUCGACAGCGCCUGCAGGCCGACCGAGCCGCACCAGCACGAGGUCGACUUUCCCCUCCGUCGGCUUCGGGCGCUGAGGGCCCUCAGCAAGAUGACGGGCGACGACUUGGUUCAUACCACCGACCAGCACAAGCUGAAUGCGAUUACCAUCUUCGCAACGUUGGCGGAGGCCACGCCGUCGCUGGACAUUGGCACGCUGCAGGGCAUCGCUGCCUGCGCCAACGAGGCCCAGCUUGCUGCGGCGCCGCCCAGCGGCUCUGGCGCGCUCGACGCGGACGGGGGCGGCCACGACCUGCGCACGUUCUUCGGGUACCGCGUCUGCCUGAAGUGCUUCCAGUACGCAAAGGAGGUGAAGGGCAAGCACAGGGGGCUCGGCCUGGCCUGUGCCCCAGCGCUCAAGCCCAGCGCCCAGGCGGCCAGCAGGGCCGCCAUGCGGCCCGCGACGCAGGAGCUGGACGUGCGCGCUGCGCGCACUCAGGCAGGCGCCGAAGCUGCUGGCCUCAGGAUCGACUUCCGCGACAAGUACAGGGAGCCCGAGUCCAAGGGCCCCAGGCUCUACAUCUCCAAGCACGAGCUGGUCAAGAUCAAGGGAGUGACGGCAGGCGACGGGGGUGCCAAGGCCCAGCCUGCUGCGACGCCGCCCAGCGGCUCUGGCGCGCUCGACGUGGACGGGGGCGGCCACGACCUGCGCACCUUCUUCGGGUAUCGCGUCUGCCUGAAGUGCUUCCAGUACGCAAAGGAGGUGAAGAGCAAGCACAGGGGGCUCGGCCUGGCCUGUGCUCCAGCGCUCAAGCCCAGCGCCCAGGCGGCCAACAGGGCCGCCGUGCGGCCCGCGACGCAGGGGCUGGACGUGCGCGCUGCGCGCACUCAGUUGCAGCCCAUGGUGCUGGAGCGUGGCGUGGCGAGCUCCGUGAUGGUCUUCUUCCGGGUCACCCACAGUAUGACCUUCUACAGCUACGUCGUCCUCGACGCGCCGGCCGGCUUCGACUUCGGCUCCACGUGCUCCAUCAGCGAUCUCGACUCGCCCUACUACGCGGACUGGCACUCGCUGGCCUGGGGCGAGGACCUCACGGGCCCCAACUCGCUCACCCGUGCGUUCGGGAGCAACUGGACAUGCGAAGGCGCCCACUGGGAGUUCGAGGCCUGGGACCUCACGACGCCCCCGACGACGAACUACACCCGCGCCAUCCUCAGGGUCGGCCGCGCGAUGCCCAGCGGCACGCUGUGGGGCUUCCGCGUCCAGGUGAAGAACUCCCCGUCGUACGACGCGGCGCAGCACGACGGCUGGAAGGUGUGGAUACGGAGCCCAGAGGGGUACCCAGUGGAUGGCUCCCAGUACACGCUGCAGUUCAACGCCGAGAGGAUCGCCACAGUGCCCGACUCGAUCUUCGACCGCAGCUGGGGCACCUACGCCGAGCCCCUGAGGAACGCGGCGCCGCUGGGCUUCCCUGCGAGCCUGCACCCCACCUCGGUGAACCAGCUCAGCACACGGGUGACGGUCUAUCCCAUCGAGACCAGCUUGGACGACGACAGCCUCAGCUCGAUCCGGAUCACCGCGCCUGUGGGCUAUGAGUGGGACCUGGAGGGCGCCAACGGCUUCCAUGGGUACAUCGACGGCGUGACGUGCCUCGACUGUGUCAUAGACGUCACGCCCCAGGCCACGCACAGCAACGAGCUCACCCUGCCGAGCGUCGUGCUCCGCGCGGGGCGGCAGUACGGCUUCGAGGCCCUACUGAAGUUGCCGGACCUGCCCCCCUUCAAGUCCAUGAACGCGUUCUUCCUCGAGAUCGGCUACGACAGCGACGAGGGAUCCCUGCGCAUGCAGGCUGGCGUGAUCGAGCCGCCGCUGCUGCAGGUCGUGUACGACGUUAGAGUAAUGUCCCUGUGCAACGUGGCCAUGUACACCGAGAACGUGCUGGAGUUCCGAAUGACGCUCACCUCGGCGAUCCCGGCAAAUGGCGGCUUUGUCUUCGAGGGCGACGAGUCCACGCGGAACUCGAAUAUAGAGUGUUGGCCGCAGCCGCUGGAGGGUACGCUCCACCUGCCAGAGGAGGCAUCGUGCUCCGUUCAGAAGCACAAGGUCACCAGGCUGCCCCUCAUCAUGCUUGGCGCCGUGGAGGAGGGCCUGCCCGCGGGCACCUACGGCUUCCGGUUCGUAGGGGUGACCAAUGCCAACGUGCAGACGGGCACGCUCGCGUACUGGAAGAUAGGCACCUACGCGGACUUGUACAACUACCCGCAGAUGCAGGUCCUCGACCUGGCCGCGACGGUGCCCGCCUCCCAGCUGCUGGGGGCCAUUGGCAGCGCGGGGCUGCUGUCCGCGCCCGAGUGGGAGGCGGCUGCCAUGGGGCGCGACGACCGCCCGCUGGCCGCCAACAAGCUGACGUUUUACUUCAGCCUGGCCAGCGACAUGCAGUUCGCAUGGGACGGCUCCGACGUGAUUCUCGCGCUGCGCGGGCCGUACGGCGUCGUGUUCGAGGAGAACUGCCUGGGCAUGCUCCAGACGCUGCCCAUCGGAAUCUCGAACACGUCCAACUCGGCGGAGGUGGCAGAGGCAGCCGACGACAUCUCGCGCUGGCCGUGCAGCUACAGCACUGUUGACUCCCAGACGUGGUGCCCGUCCGAGAUCUCCGCCUGGCCCGAGGGCCUGAAGUUCACCUCCUGCGUGGGCAUCGGCGGCAACACAGCCAAGCUCUCGAUCCCCAACGCGUUUAUCCUGAACCUGGACAGCGGCUUCCUGAAGGAAAAGACAUUUGCAUUCCAGGUCGGCCUGCAGAACCCCACGGACAACACCACCCUGAACCAGUGGGCCAUCGACGUCGGCGCGGAGGCGUCCCUCGCGUUCGAGUCCUUCACGGUCCACACCUUCGAGCUGGUGUCUUCGAACUUGACAGCGACCUCCCACGCCGUAGCGAACGCGAGCGACACGACCGAGUACCUGCCCGUCGCCAUCCUCUUCACGCCGCACUACACGGUGCCAGGACGGCUCGACGCGAACGGCGAGGUCGGCGAGGCCGAGGGCGAGCUCCACGUGGACGCCCCCGCCGGCUUCACGCUCGAGCGCUCCGCCUCGAGCUUCUGCGUCCGGACGCUCCUCGAGGUGGCAGGAAGACAUCCGUCCGAUUCCGACUCGAACUUCGAGGACGGCGUUGACUCGGACAUGUACUGCCUCGUUCCCUCGGACACGCAGCUGCAGAUCAGACUGCGGGGCUCGAAGGCGCUCGUGGCGGGGACCACGUACCGGCUGGUGCUGUACGUGCGGAAUCCCACGGAGCCUCAGCCGGCGGCAAGCUGGCGCGUGCACACGUACAAGACCUCGGCGACCACGGACGAGACCCUCCCGCUCGACCUGGCGCAUUUGGACGACUUCGAGGUCCACGCGCGCACCACGACGUGGCUGGUGGACAACCUGGCUGGGGAGCAGAUGGGCACUUACACCGUGUUCAACGUGCGCGCCACCCUGCAGCUCGGGGAGCACCUCUACAACGGCGAGUACCUCACGGUGUCGGCGCCGCCCGGCUUCUUGCUGGACGCAGGUGGGGGCGUCUGCGACGGCUUCGCGUGGACCGCCGCGGUCAUCCCCCUGCCCUCGACCGAGCCGGUGUGCUCCUGCGACGACAGAGCGUGCCAGCUCACAUUCGACGUUGAUGAGGGGGCCUCGGGCGACGUCGCGCUGGAAGCAGGCUACCUGAUCACGUUCAGGUUGUCCACCAUCAACCCCGCGGCAGGCCUGGACGAGACCGAGAACUGGUGGACGGUCACGCACGGCUCCGCAGAGGGCAGCGUGGUGGAGACAUCGGUGGUCGCCAGCUGGACCGUCUACGCGCAGCUCUUGGACCUGACGCUCAGCACCGAGGUUCCACUGGCAGCGGGUUCGACCACAACAAUGCACAUCGUGUUCACACCGCAGGCGUGGGGCAGCUCGCUAGAGCUGGUGGUCGAGGUGCCGGACGGGUUCGACUUUUCAGGCGCCGCGACGAACCCCCCCAUCGUGGUGGACGACGCGUCCACGUCCGGGUCCACGCUGUUCCUCGUGGGCGGGGACUUCGAGGAGUUCGUGACCACGUCCGUGCAGGUCGACAACGUGGUCCUCGGCCAGGCGGGCGGCCCCGUGACCGUCAGCGUGCGGCUGUACGACGCCGGCGGCCAGGAGGUCGCCCGGCGCCUGAACGUGUACAACGUGUACCGGCUCCCAGGCGAGCUCAGCGUCCUGGACCAGCAGCUCAGCAGCCAGGAGGUCGUCGAGAUCGGGGAGAACGGCGCCGUCGACCCCGUCCUGCCGAUGAUCCCGGCGCAGACGAGCCACCUGGUGCGCGCGGAGCUCACCUUCACGUCCUCGGUGGACAUGCUGCCGGGCGAGGAGCUGAUACUGAAGAGCCUGGAGCAGCCAGACACGCCCGGCGUCUUCAUACCAGCGCUCUCGCCGGCUCCAGGCCUGACCCUGUGCAGCGGGCAGGACCCGGCGACGGGCCUGUGGAAGUGCAACGACACCGCCAGCGUGGCCGUGUCCUCGCAGGACCUCCUCAGCACCACCGCCAACCUCGAAGAGGACUCCUACGGCAUCUCCAUGACGCUGGCGGAGACGCUGCCCGCGGCGUCGACCCUCCGCCUGCGCGUCUGGGGCACCACGGCCUCCGGGGCCGCCUCGUCCUGGGAGCUCACCGUGGAGGACAGCGAGGCCCUGGCCAAGAGCACGAACGACCUCCUCGACACCGCCAUCACCACCGUGGCGGAGCUGACGGUCACCUCCAGCCUGGAGUUCCGCGCCACGGAGACAGGGUGCCCGCCCCGCUCAAAGGUGACCGUGACGCUCAAGGUACAAGCCGAGCAGGAGCCGGUGACCAUGCUGGUCCUGCUGCCCCUGGGCUGGGCGCCGGAGUCGCUGAACUGGCAGGCGGGCGAUUCGGAGCGCUACAUCGUGAAGGUGCCGAUGGACUCCACGGAGGGUGACAUCUUGGGCCUCGGCGCGACGUUCCAGCUAAAGGCCUUCUCGCCGGCGUUUACCCGGGCGGACACCAGGUGGUUCGUCUUCAGUUACAGCCAGAACGUCGGCUCGUUCGGCGACACGACGAGGCCGUACAUGCUUGGCUGGGGUGCGGCGCCCGGCUUCACGGUGCAGAACCUGCCCGUGGCCAUGAUGUACCCCAGCAUCGCCAGCCAUCAGGGCUGGUUGUCGCUGAUCUUCGAGGUGGACAAUGACAUCACGGCCACUUACAUGCUGCUGACAGCCCCGUCUGGCUUCGUGACUAGCUGCCCUACCACUGGGCUCUACGCCAACCUCGUCUGCAGCGAGAUCCGCGACAUCGGCUUCAUCGAGGUGCCCGGCGCCGGCAUGCUGGACAACUCGCUCAACGUGUCGCUCGCGGGGGGCUUUUCCCAGGGGAAAUCCCGGCUCUUCUCGUUCUGCGUGGCGCUCAACACGCCCGAGCGCGAGACCGGCAAUAUGUGGAGCCUCCGCCUGAUGAGCUCCACCCACGCCGUCGUCGAGGCGGCCAUCGACAUCCCUGGCCCGCCGUUCUUCGGGGACGUCCUGUCGAUGAAGCCGUCCAUGGCGUGGAACCCGCAGCCGCAGCAGGGAGAGAUCACGACCGUCACCUUCGAGAUAGAGAUACUGCAGAAGAUCAAGUACAUGCACGCCCUCCUUUUCUCGCUGCCCGAGAUGUGGCGACACGAGAUCGUGCACGUCAACCAGGUGAAGAGUCUCAACAAGCUCUGGCCGGUCGCGGUGGGGAUCGAGUGGCGCUACUACCAGAACCUGCGCUGGAUCAGGAUGCUAACCGACGUGAGCUUCUCCGACAGCAUCGACGCCGUGCCCUCUGGAGUCUUCCAGUUCCAGUUCCCCGUGAGGGUCCCGUUCAUGCAGCCAGUCAUCUCGGAGUGGUACCUCUCCUUCUGCAGCACCAUCUACUGCGAGGCCUACGACGACGAGGCCAACAUCAUGGCCUCCUUCCCCGUGCCCAACGACGUCGUUUCGAGGGACGCGGAGCCAUUCGCCAUUGCGAUGACCGCCUCCUCCAGGCGGCCUGUCGGUGGCCAGGCCCUGGCGGCGGCGGCCAUGCUGGCGGCCGCGCUGGCGCUGCGCGCCGGGUGA